UGAAAUAUAUCUAAAGCGUCUUUCUCACACUCGCUCUUAACUCUCCAUUCUUUGCAAGCAAAAUCUUCCUUCAUGCUGACAAAUCUUCUAAAUUCAGAUCCAAAACUUCCCAGAAACUCAACUCAACAACACCACACAAAUAUGUCGAAACGCUCGGCUACACUAAAUUUCUUCCUACUUCUUAUGAUCACAUUUUCUGAACUGUUCUACACAGUAUGUUCAAGAACCCACCCAGGCGACAUAAAAGUCCUCAAAGAUCUGAAGAAGGGGCUAGACCCCAGCUCCAUAGCUCCUGGAUCAUGCUUGAGUUCAUGGGACUUCUCAUUGGACCCAUGUGACUACCUCUUCAGUGAACACUUUACAUGUGGGUUUAGGUGCGACAGAAUCGUCUCCGGCGCAUCACGAGUCACUGAGAUCACUCUUGACCCGGUUGGAUACGCGGGUUCUCUCACGUCUACCAACUGGGACCUCCCUUACGUACAAACCUUUGACAUUUCAGACAACUCCUUCUCUGGCUCAGUUCCUCAUUCACUCUCCAGGUUAACUCGUUUGCAUCGACUCAGUCUCUCCAGAAACUCUCUUUCAGGUGAAAUACCUGAUUCUCUUGGGUCACUCUCUCACCUUGAAGAACUUUAUCUCGAUAACAACCAUUUUCAGGGACUAAUACCGUCAAGUUUCAACAAUUUGAAGAGCUUAAAACGACUAGAAAUUCAACAAAACAACAUUUCCGGCGAGUUUCCUUUUCUGAGUUCACUCAAAAACUUAUAUUUUCUUGAUGCAAGUGAUAAUAACUUCACUGGAAAUAUUCCCUCUGCAUUGCCAUCAUCGCUCGUAGAGUUCUCGAUUCGUAACAAUAACUUGGAAGGAAAUCUUCCAGAGAAUGUGAGGGACUUGGAGUACUUACAAGUUCUUGAUCUCAGCCACAACAAGUUAUCUGGUCCUAUAGUUUCAGUUCUGUUUGAUCAUCCUUCUUUACAACAACUCACUCUCUCCCACAACAACUUCACGUUUUUACAAGUUCCAAGUAACAUGGGCUUAACUAGUAAGUUAAUAGCUCUGGAUUUAAGCUUUAACGAGCUCCAAGGUUUUUUACCAGCUUUUAUGGCUUCAAUGCCAAAGUUGUCAGCUCUUUCUUUGGAGCAUAACAAGUUCACGGGGAUGAUACCAUCACAGUAUGCCUUGAAAGUAGCUGUUCCAGGGGGUAAUACGUCGUCGUUUGAGAGGUUGUUAUUGGGUGGUAAUUAUUUGUUCGGACCCAUACCCGGUGUUUUAAUGGGCAUGAAACCUGGUUAUGCUAAUGUCAGUUUAGUGGAUAACUGUUUGUAUAGGUGCCCUGAAACUUUCUUCUUCUGUCAAGGUGGGAAUCAGAAGUCGUUAGUUGAUUGUAAGAGCUUUGCACCUAUGAUUCCAUAA